GCUCUGCUGCAAUGGCGAUGGUGGCGCGCUGAAGAGCGGAGUUGGCCGAGUUUCCCUUUGUUUUACGAAGCAUUCUUCAGUCAUGCACGACCAUCCAGCGCUAAAUCCGGCUUGAAGAAGGGCGUGGAUCUUACAUUUUAUCUGCGGUCCGAGCGGCUGGGCUGUAAGCAAACAGAAGCCUACAUGCAACCGCCCCGAUACUUCUCACAUUUGCAUGCGAUAAGCGACCAGCACCCACCCGCCCCUCUCUUUCCAGCAGCUGAUCUGAGCCACAACAAGCCCUCUGGCCGGUGAGGACCUGGAGCUGUCUGGCCCAGCUGGAUCAUUAUGGCAGAGCGCAGUUCCACAGGAUUACUGAUGAUGAUGCUGGACCCGUCGCCGGCGAUCGCGAUGACUCUCCCGGCGGAGGUGCGCGAGAAGCUGGCGGAGCUCGAGCUGGAGCUCUCCGAGGGUGACAUCACACAGAAAGGCUAUGAAAAGAAAAGAGGGAAAUUAUUGGCGCCCUACAUACCCCAGAUACAAGGUGUAGAUCCGUCUCUGCAGAUAGAACAUAGGAUCCAAACGUCGUCACAGGUGGCCCCUCCAGGCUCCAAACAGAACAAGCCCCGGGUGGCAAACUCAAGGGAUGAACGCUUUAGAUCAGGUAUUAAAAUACAUGAUGCUCCUGCAAGUCCUCUUGUUCUUGACCUCCCAGACACCUCCUCCGCAUCAGAAGAUGAAGGUUCGCUGCGCCGGCAGGGACGGAUCGCCUCCUCGUCUCCAUACCAGGCACAUCCUAGCAUUGAGCACUGGUUUAACAGAGUCAUCCAGGGCUCCUCCACCUCAUCGUCCGCAUCCUCCACCUCCUCCCACCCCGGAGGAAGACCCCAUCAUGCCACAAACACCACCUCUGCUUCAGCCGCAACCGUACUGGCCGACCUCAUGGCUCACACACAGCUAGACAACCACAGUGCACCUCCGGAUGUGACAGGCCUGUCGGAGCGCUCGGUGCAUGCGGAGCGUCCGCAGGUGGCAUCAGUGCGAGGGCUUCCACGUGGAUACACACACACCAGCGUCAUGGAGACCGCCGAUGGCGUUCCAGUCAACAGUCGAGUGUCCUCUAAGAUUCAGCAGCUCCUAAACACUCUGAAAAGGCCAAAGAGACCCCCUUUACGAGAGUUCUUUGUUGAUGAUUUUGAGGAACUUUUGGACGUUCAGCAUCCAGAUCCAAACCAGCCGAAGCCUGAGGGGGGUGAGAUGAGACCCCUGAAUGGGGAGCCGCUGGGGGUGGUCACUAACUGGCCUCUGUCAUUACUGGCCUCUUUACAGCGCUGGGGCACCACACAACCCAAAAGCCCCUGCCUCACCGCACUGGACAACGCCGGCAAACCCAUCUACACACUAACAUAUGGGAAGUUGUGGACGCGGAGUCAGAAACUUGCUUAUACACUGCUGAACAAACUGAGCACCAGGAAUGAACCACUACUACGACCUGGAGACAGAGUUGCACUUGUGUUCCCCAACAAUGAUCCUGUGAUGUUUAUGGUGGCGUUUUAUGCAUGCCUCCUAGCGGAGCUGGUGCCUGUGCCCAUAGAAGUGCCACUCACUCGAAAGGAUGCAGGCAGUCAGCAGGUGGGGUUUCUGUUGGGCAGCUGUGGGGUCACUCUGGCUCUGACCACUGAUGCCUGUCAGAAGGGUCUGCCCAAAGCACAGACCGGAGAAGUUGUCACUUUUAAGGGCUGGCCACGACUGCUGUGGUUCGUUACUGAUGGAAAGCAUGUUGUAAAGCCUCCUAAAGACUGGCAUCCUCCAAUAAGAGACGCUAGCAAUGAGAUUGCAUACAUAGAGUAUAAGACCAGUAAGGAGGGCAGCACUAUGGGCAUCACGGUGUCUCACUCUGCUAUGUUGGCUCACUGUCAUGCGCUCACACAGGCCUGCGGAUACACAGAGGGUGAAAUUAUAACAAAUGUUUUGGACUUCAAACGAGAUGCUGGUCUGUGGCACGGGGUCCUCACGAGUGUGAUGAACCGAAUGCACGUGAUCAGCAUCCCAUACUCGCUGAUGAAGGUCAACCCUCUCUCCUGGAUCCAGAAAGUCCACACCUAUAAAGCGCGUGUAGCAGUGGUGAAAUCCAGGGAUAUGCACUGGUCACUUUUAGCCCAGCGGGAUCAGAGAGACAUCAGUCUCAGUUCUCUCCGCAUGCUCAUCGUUGCUGAUGGAGCAAACCCAUGGUCUAUUUCGUCCUGCGAUGCCUUCCUCAACGUCUUUCAGGCCCGCGGGCUGCGACCAGAGGUGAUCUGCCCGUGUGCAAGUUCCUCUGAGGCCAUGACUGUCGCCAUCCGCAGGCCUCCAGAGAUGGGUGUUCCUCCUCCGGGUAAGGCAGUGCUGUCCAUGAGUGGUCUGAGUUAUGGGGUGAUUCGAGUAGACACAGAGGAGAAGCUCUCUGUGCUCACUGUCCAGGAUGUAGGACAGGUCAUGCCUGGAGCGCUGGUGUGUGUGAUUCGGUUAGAGGGCACGCCAUACUUGUGUCGAAUGGAUGAGGUUGGAGAAAUCUGUGUGAGCUCCAGAAGUACAGGAAUCUCCUACUAUGGUCUGCCAGGCAUGACCAAGAAUGUCUUUGAGACCAUUCCAGUCACGUCAUCAGGAGCUCCCAUCAGUGACAGACCCUUCACACGCACAUCUCUCCUUGGCUUCAUCGGGCCGGAUAAUUUGGUGUUUGUGGUGGGAAAGGUGGAUGGACUGAUGGUGGUGAGUGGACGGAGACAUAACGCAGAUGAUGUGGUGGCCACAGCACUGGCCGUGGAGCCCAUGAAGUUUGUGUACAGAGGAAGGAUUGCGGUUUUCUCUGUAUCGGUGCUGCACGAUGAACGCAUUGUUGUGGUGGCAGAACAGAGACCAGACGCCUCGGAGGAGGACAGCUUCCAGUGGAUGAGUCGUGUGCUGCAGGCUAUUGACAGCAUCCAUCAGGUGGGAGUGUACUGCCUGGCUCUGGUGCCCGCUAACACACUACCCAAAGCUCCUCUGGGUGGCAUCCACAUCUCAGAGACCAAACAGCGCUUCCUGGAGGGAGCCCUGCACCCCUGCAACGUCCUCAUGUGCCCUCAUACCUGCGUCACCAACCUGCCCAAACCUAGACAGAAGCAGCCGGGUACAGAGGUGGGUCCUGCUUCCAUGAUAGUCGGAAACCUAGUGGCAGGAAAGAGGAUUGCACAGGCCUGUGGGAGAGAUGUUUCACAGCUGGAGGACAAUGAUCAGUUCCUGUACAUGCAGGAUGUUCUGCAGUGGAGGGCUCAGGCCACACCUGAUCACCCUCUGUUUCUGCUGCUCAACGCCAAGGGCACUGUGGCCAACUCAGCCUCCUGUGUACAGCUGCACAAGCGGGCAGAGCGUGUGGCCGUAGCGCUGAUGGAAAGAGGUCGACUUAACACUGGAGAUCAUGUAGCACUUGUUUAUCCUCCUGGUAUUGAUCUGAUCGCCACUUUCUAUGGCUGUCUGUAUGCCGGCUGUGUUCCAGUCACCGUCAGGCCUCCACACCCACAGAACUUAACCACAACCCUGCCAACCGUUAAAAUGAUUGUUGAGGUCAGUAAGUCUGUAUGUAUUCUGACAACUCAAGCAAUAAUGAAACUACUAAAAUCCAAAGAGGCAGCGGCCGCUGUGGAUAUUAAAAUGUGGCCAUUGAUACUGGACACAGAUGAUCUCCCAAGAAAGAGAAUUCCUCAGAUCUACAAACCUCCCACCCCAGAGAUGCUCGCCUACCUGGACUUCAGUGUUUCUACCACAGGAAUCCUUGCUGGGGUCAAGAUGUCCCAUGCUGCCACCAGUGCCUUGUGUCGCUCUAUUAAGCUGCAGUGUGAGCUGUACCCCUCUCGCCAGAUCGCCAUCUGUCUGGACCCCUACUGUGGCCUGGGCUUUGCCCUCUGGUGUCUCUGCAGUGUGUACUCAGGCCAUCAGUCUAUUCUGGUUCCCCCUCUGGAGCUGGAGACCAAUCCGUCUCUGUGGCUUUCUGCUGUCAGUCAGUAUAAAGUACGAGUGACGUUCUGUUCGUAUUCAGUGAUGGAGAUGUGUACCAAAGGCCUGGGCUCCCAGACUGAAGCUCUGCGGUUACGGAAUGUGAAUCUGUCGUGUGUACGGACCUGUAUGGUGGUGGCAGAAGAACGUCCUCGCAUCACACUUACGCAGUCCUUCUCGAAGAUCUUCAAAGACCUGGGGCUCUCCUCACGGGCCGUCAGCACCACCUUCGGCUGCAGGGUCAAUGUGGCCAUUUGUCUUCAGGGCACCUCUGGGCCGGAUCCCACCACAGUAUAUCUAGACAUGAGGGCUCUGCGGCAUGACAGGGUUCGAUUAGUUGAGAGAGGAUCACCACACAGUCUGCCACUCAUGGAAUCUGGGAAGAUUCUGCCUGGGGUAAAGGUUAUAAUUGCCAACACAGAGACCAAAGGCCCUCUUGGAGAUUCUCAUCUGGGAGAAAUCUGGGUGAGCGGCCCCCAUAAUGCCACAGGAUACUAUACGGUUUAUGGUGAAGAGGCGUUGCAUGCUGACCACUUCAGCACCAGACUGAGCUUCGGUGACACGCAGACGGUUUGGGCUCGCACUGGAUAUCUCGGCUUCCUGCGGCGCACAGAACUUACAGAUGCCAGUGGAGAGCGGCAUGAUGCCUUGUACGUGGUUGGUUCUCUAGAUGAGACUCUAGAGCUGCGGGGAAUGCGUUACCAUCCCAUUGAUAUUGAAACAUCUGUCAUAAGGUCACACAAGAGCAUUGCAGAGUGUGCUGUGUUCACAUGGACGAAUCUCUUGGUGGUGGUCGUGGAGCUUGAGGGGUCAGAACAGGAAGCCCUGGAUCUUGUUGCUCUGGUGACCAACGUGGUUCUGGAAGAGCACUAUCUCAUAGUGGGGGUCGUUGUGGUGGUGGACCCUGGAGUCAUUCCUAUCAACUCCAGAGGGGAGAAGCAGCGCAUGCACUUGCGGGACGGCUUCCUUGCUGACCAGCUGGACCCUAUAUAUGUGGCCUACAACAUGUGAGAAUGUGUGACAUGGAGGAGGAACCAGAUGCCAGGAAUAUCUGCAUAUGCAAAUGUACAAAGGAAGCGUUAGGGGAAAGUUUGGACAGGCUUGCCUCUUCCUCCACAAACAUGAAAAGUCCUUGAUGGAGCUAUGCAGUUUAUUUUUUAUAUCAAACUGUCAGAAUGCCUUGCAAAUAAAACUCUGAUUCAGUGGUCAGGGCAAAUGACUUGAUUUCAUCUCCUGUUUUCUUGUGUGACACCCUUAUGAGUUCAGUUUUUAUUCAAGCACACUUGUCCUGCACAUACGACACAUGUGUGCUGAAUGUUCCCUGUGUGUGAGAAGGACUGGCCCAAAAGGGCAGAGGAGUGCCUGAUGUCAAAACAGGAUCCAGAUUGCAGGACUAUGUCUUUGUAAUUUCAAGGGCAUGUGAAAAUAUGUAAUGCACUUCAUUUCAAUGCAUUACUAUCGCCAAUGUUAUAGCUGUAAAAAAAAAAAAGCUCAAACCAAUUUUUUUUGGUUUGUUCUGUUUUUACACCAACACACAAAUCUUUGAUAAAUGUUUUAUCUGGAGACCAAAUGGCAAUAAGGAUGGAUAUAAGAUGGAGAAAUGGAUAUCUAAGUCUUUGUUUGCAAGGAAGCAGUACUGAAGGUGUGCUGUGGAUAUGCUGCUCCAUAAAUUCACAAGCUUAUGCAUUCCCGGCUAGUGUUUCAACAUGGGCCUUAAAUAUUUUCCAUAUGCCUGUGGACUGUUUGUUUAUUUGUAUUUACCCCAGGGUAAUAACAGUGAAUAGAUGAAGAGUUUUAUUCAGGUAACCAAGUCCCAAUCUGAAAAAUAUUUCUGCUCAAAUUUCCAUUAUUCACAGCAUUUCAAGUUUGAACAAUUUUUUACAGUAUGACAUCACCGUUCACAACGAGAUUAUCUUAUAUUCCUGCAGAUGAAUGUAUGAAGGUGACGUUUUUAGUCUCCUACAUAUUACUGAUUGAAAAGAAAGUAGCGUUUUCCAUUAAUUCAUUAAAACAUACCAAACAGAUGAGAUCGUUAUUUCAGGAAAAAAUGACCACUGCAGGUGAGGGCUUUUCAUUACUGUGUUAAAGUGUGAUAUUUGUUUGUAUUUUUCAGACGCACUGUACACCGCAUUGGCCAGCACUGUAAAGACCACUUUAAACAAUGCUUGCUUUCUUUUAUUGUGUUCAUUACGUAAAGGACAGGCAGUGCGCCUGCUGUAAUUAUGUACAGAAUUUGUGUAAUAAGUUAUUACUGGGACACCAGAAAACUACAAAUACUUUUGGCAUGGUUUUGCAGUGGCAUGGAGGAAACCAGAUGCUGCUCAAAUCGUAGCUUAAUUUCACAAACAGUAAGGGGAACAAUAUGAGACACUAUUUAUGUAAUAUUUUAUAUUGCAAUAGACUCAAGAAGUGGUUUUGCUGCAAGGAUUGUAAAGCACAUACAGCGUCUGUAUUGCAGGAUGGUUGUGUGACUGUUAGUGUUCAAUUUUUUCAGUUUUGUCAUUUAGUGAAUAUUUGGUUGAAACAGCUUUUGACUUCUGUUAAUUUUUCUUAAUAAAACCCAUGC